AGAAAAAUUUCAAGCGGGAGCAAAUUUUUUUUUUGGAGAGGAAAAAAAAAAAAAUUGAGGGAGAGGAAAAAAAAAAAAAAAUAAUUGCGAAGGGCUUGAUCCGGGCGGCGGAGAACAAUACUCGCCGGGAAAGUUGCUGCGCGGCUCGGGAGGGAGCGGCGGGAGGAAAAUGCCGCAGCUGGGCAGCGGCGGCGGGGACGACCUGGGGGCCACGGACGAGAUGCUGGCCUUCAAGGACGAGGGUGAGCAGGAGGAGAAGAUCCCCGAGAACGCCUUCACGGAGCGCGACCUGGCCGAUCUCAAGUCCUCGCUGGUGAACGAGUCCGAGGGCAGCGGCAGUCCGGCCGCCGCCGCCGCCGCCGACCCUGAGGCCAUCAGGCGUGUGCAGGAUCCGCAGAGGGUUUAUCAGGAGAAGCUCCCGGACCACAUGGACGAUGCAGGUAUGAAGCAUCAGGACCCAGGGAUGUAUAAAGGAUCUGCGUAUUCUGGCUACCCUUUCCUAAUGCUCUCAGACCCUUAUCUGCCAAAUGGAUCUAUGUCACCUCUGUCCAACAAAGUUCCCGUCGUGCAGCCAUCCCACGGAGUCCACCCGCUCACCCCGCUCAUCCCUUACAGCAACGACCAUUUCAGCCACGGCUCCCACUCGCCCCACUUGCCCGCCGACAUCAACCAGAAACAAGGAGUGCACCGUCCUUCCCAGACCUCAGACAUCCCCGGUUUCUACCCCCUCCCUCCCGGUGGAGUCGGACAGAUCACGCCGUCGAUGGGAUGGCAGAGCCAGUCUGUCUAUCCGCUCCCGUCAUGUGGAUUUAGACAGCCGUAUUCGUCAGCGCUUUCUGCUGGGGCUUCUUUCUCCAGGUUCACUCACCCGCUGAUGCUGGGCUCCGGCAUGCACACCACCGGCAUCCCGCACCCCGCCAUCGUGCCCCACUCCGGCAAGCAAGAGAUGGAGCACUAUGACCGAAACAUGAAACCUCAACCAGAACCAAAGAGAGAGAAGGAAGCCAAGAAGCCCACUAUCAAGAAGCCCCUGAACGCUUUCAUGUUGUAUAUGAAAGAAAUGCGGGCGAAAGUCAUUGCCGAAUGCACCCUGAAAGAGAGCGCCGCUAUCAACCAGAUCUUGGGAAGGAGGUGGCACGCACUGUCCCGGGAGGAGCAGGCCAAGUACUACGAACUGGCUCGGAAGGAACGGCAGCUCCACAUGCAGCUCUACCCCGGCUGGUCUGCCAGAGACAACUAUGGCAAAAAGAAGAGACGAACACGGGAAAAGCAGCAAGAUUCCAACUCAGAUCCUGCCUCUCCUAAGAAAUGCAGAGCUCGCUUUGGCCUCAACCAACAAACGGACUGGUGCGGCCCGUGCAGGAGGAAAAAGAAGUGCAUUCGGUACUUACAAGGAGAAGGACGCUGUGCCAGCCCAGUUUCUUCCGAUGGAAGUGCUAUAGACUCCCCUCCCUCUCCUCUGGACGCACUCCAAUGCAUCUCCUCUGCUUUUCCUUCAGACAAGCUUGCAGCCCCCGCUGACUCCGCACACAGCGAACAGCCCGAGCCCUUCCCCGUCUCCGCUCACCUCCAAACCGCCACCUGCUCCUCCAGACUGACCACCACCAGGUGCUCUUCUGCGCCCACAGAGUCCCCAGCGUACAGCCUGGCCUCCACGGGGACAUAGUCCCGCGCGCCCAGCCGCGUUGGCCGGGACGCUGGGCGCUUCGCUUUCUCCCACCUGGUUUCGCCGCCCAUUGAGAAGGACCAGAGGCCUGUCCAAAUUCCCCAUCUCACUGUAAAAACGUGCAAAGUUAGGUGACGGGAUGACUUAAGGAUGCUGGAAAACUCAUUUGGUAUUUUUGGGGGGGGGGGGGGGGGUGUUAAAGACAGAAAAGUGAUUUCAAAAAAAGGGUAAAAAAAUAAGUACUUGCCAAAAUUUAAAGUGCUGAUGAGUAAACAAGCCUUUUGUCCCUGCCCUGUGCUGCUUUUUUUGUUUGUUUGGGGUUUUUCUUUUUUUUUUUUUUUUUUUUUUAACUGCAUUAUCUUCAAGUAUGGCAGAAAGCAGAGACAAAGUCCCCAGCUUGCUGCAGUAGAUGGUAGGUGCUAUCAAUCUUAACACUGGCUUCCUCUCCCUGCCUUCUGAGCUGCUUUAAAGUGUAGUCACUCACUCACAGAUCUCUCGUAGCCAUUACACCAUGGAGCUGGAAAAGCUGGAAUAGGAGCAUUUUUUAAAAGCCCUUAUGUCUGAAAAUUAAAUGUAGCGACGCUAGCUUUCUGAUCUGACCAGAUAAUAGAGAAAGGAAAUACUUAAACCAACGACGUGAAUUUUUUAAACUUCUUGUUUGAGAACAGGAAGAUACUGUUUACAGGUAACAGGUCUCUCUGCAGACAUGUCCCACUCCGCGAGCGUACAGCACGGCAGAGGAAAGGGAGCACUAACCGGACAGCGAAAGGAGCUCGGACCGGCCGCUGGAAGGUCCGACGGUCGAUUGCUCACCGCGUCAGUCAGGUACAGGGUCUCCCUUGCUGGUAGGAAUCGUCCACCGCAGACGUGGACGGCCAGAAAUCUCACCAGAUAGCCUGGGCAAAGCCCCAAAAAUCAGUUUUUGCUACUACGGCCUUGACCUAACUCUGCACCUACGCGGCGGGCGGGCAGGCUGACCCAAGGCUGAGGACCGUGCUGGCCCAACAAGCCGCCUUCUGCGGAGUGGAGGGGCUGGAGGAGCGGUGGGAGCUCGGCUCCCCCCUUCCUCCCCGGCAGCAGAACGGCCCACGAGCCUGCUCUUCGCUCCAGGCGUCCGUCUGUACGCACCUCGGCAAGAUCAGAACCCUUUUUUUCAUGAUUUGGUGUGCAACUUUUUAAAAAAAACCUUAUUCUAGCUUUUUCUAGAAGAUCCUCCCUCCAGCCCCGUGAUGAUGCCAAAUGUUAAUGUAUUCUCUCCAGCUUGAAAACGUUUACCAGUUUCUGGUAUUUUAUUUACAUUUUGAGCUUGAGAAACAAAAAAAACCUGCGGACAGAUUGUGAUCUCCCUGAACCGACGUAAAUCCUAAAUUAAUCCAAGUUCUGGGUUUACUUCAGGUUUACAGACUUCUCACAGAGACCACCAUCUAGUCCAGUGCUGAUUUUUUCCUGCUUGAAAGAAAUACAUUCUAGACUGCUGAAGAGAAAAAUAACACCACAGAGCGGGAGAGGGGGGUCUAUUUUUUUCUACUUUACAGAAUAGGUUUUAGAGUACUGAAUACAAAUUAUGUAGUAAUAUUAUUGUAGAACUGCAAGAAAUUUAAGAUGACCUUUAUAAUGUACAAAAUAUUUUUAUAUUUUUUUUUCUUAAUGCAAAAACACAAACCCUAAUUUUUUACAUUGGACUAAACAUAACUUUUUAAACCAGUUUAUGCCUCAGAUUGAAAAUUUAAAAAAAAAAAAAACUGAUUAGUCUGUAGAGCAGCUUUGGAUUUAUUCCCUUUAUUUAGGUACUUUUGCUUAUAGUAGUGUAGAUUUUUUAAUUCCAGUUUUAGUUUAGAAGAUCUAAACCUAUUAGUUUAUUCCUCUCCUGUGUAAAUGUAACUUCAGAAGCACUGAAUGAGAGCUACGUGCACAAACCUGACAAGUUUGAAAAGAGUCAUUUUGAAGUUUGAAAGAAUCAUUUUAACCCUUCGAGAAGUAGCAUUACCUGAACCGACUGCCAACUGUACACUUAGUCAUGUACUUACUGCACUCAGAGGGUUAAUUAUAUAGCACUAGAUCAAUAUGCAAUCUGCUCAUUUUUAAAUUAUUUUAGCAAGCUUAGACAACAACAUGCUCCAGUGCUGAACAGAGGAACUCAGCAGACUCUUCCCAGAUCUGACAUACUCUCUUUUUUAUCACUUGAUUAAAAAAAAAAAAAAAAAAAAAUUGCUUAAAAAAAGGAGCUGUGUCUCAGCUCACCUUUUGUCACUCUGAGACCCUCUGAUGUAAGGUGCUGUAGAAGUGUCAGCUACUGUAAACACCACAGGUGACAAAUCAGCCACAGCAGCCUAGUGUAACUAACUCAACACUGGGUGUAAAGCUGGCAUAACUUAAUACCCGAUCGGUAUUUUGUGGUUGGAUGAAACAUGUAACUUAGCAGCAAAGCAAAGGCAGGUAUAAAAGAAAAAGCAGAUGUGUCUAAAUAAACACCCGAGGAAAUUUAGGGGAAAGUCCUGAACAGUAUUAAACUGCGUAACCUGACCAAGGACCAACUAGUACUAGCGUACACAGACCAGCCGUCAUUCAUUUCAGAAUUCACCGGGACUUUCACCCAUUUAUUUCAAGGCUACGUUGGCCCCUCCGUGGUGUUGUGGAUGCCUGCCUUGGUUCAGGGCACACUGACCAGCAAAAGGCCCACCUGUAUUACAGCCUCCGCUCAUUGUUUUUAUUCCAUCCGAUUCCUGCAAAAUGUCCUUAGUGAAACCUACUGCCCCCCCUCUGCGGGAGCCUUUCCUCGUGCAUUCACGGCACGGAAGCAUUUCCACAGCCAGAGAGCCGGAGCAGUUACAUUUUCUGACAGGGUUGUUCUGACCCUGUGCUCUGCUCUAUACAUACAGGUUUAUAGCCAGACCUUACCCUGUGCUUCAGCUACCACAGUGUAAACUCAAAAUAUCUGCUUGGCGUCCUCUAACAUGGUCAGUUUAUACUGGUGUAACUGAGGAAAUUUAAUCUUUUUUUUUUCUUCCCCAAAACACACAAGAUAAGAACUUGAAGCUGCCCAUUUCCAAGACAAAACAGUGAGCAUGACCAACUUUUGUUAUGUGCCCCAUGGCUGAUAACCAAUGCCAAAACAAAGUUACUUUUAUUAAUACCAAAAAAGUGUCUUUAGAAAUGCUACAUGAAGCGUCACUAUUUUGUGUUAAUACUCUUUUUUUAACAGAAGGAAAACUUUGCCCUUAAGUUUUUAUCGCAACAAGAAUUUUUUUUAGUUCUUUUACAGCAAUUUCAGCUCUUCCUCAAAUACAUAUUUUAAUUCCUGAAAUCAGUUUGAAUGUAGAAGUCAUGGAAGUACCACUUCAUUAAACCAAGUAAAACCACUGUAUGUAUGUAGCAGGGAUAAAUGUUUUGCAGCUGUACUUUCAUUUGUCCAAUGACUAUCCACCAUUUGUUGUAAUUUUUUUACUUCAUUGAGUUUGUAUUUUUUGGCUUUUAUGUUCAAAAUAUGUUUAUAGCUUUAUAAAUAAAGUAAUUGCCAGACUGGCUAUUCAAAA